AUGAUAACUGAUUUCUUCAUACCAAAGAGUGUAAAUAUAAUAGGAACAAUGGCUUUUAAUAGUUAUUAUUUGAGAACUAUUAAAUUCGAAGAAGGAUCCUGUAUAUCUGAAAUCCCUGAAAAUGCUUUCAAAAAUUGCAAAAUUUCAAAUAUUUCUAUUCCAUUGUCAAUAAAAAUUAUAGGUAAAAAUGCAUUCAGUGAAUGUAUGGAAUUUUCUAAUAUCAUUUUUUGUGAAGUUUGCCAAUUAGAAGAAAUCAGAGAUCACGCAUUUGAUAAUACACAGUUAGUUUCAAUUAAUAUUCCAUCUACUGUUAAAAUAAUAGGUAGGAAUGCAUUCUGCAACUGUCGGAAAUUGGUCAAUAUAAUUUUUUCAGAAAAUUGUGAGUUACAAGAAAUUGGUGAUCAUGCCUUCGAAGCUACAAAUAUUAUAUCAAUCAUGAUUCUAUCUUCGGUUAAAACGAUUGGACAAUAUGCAUUUUCCUAUUGUUAUAAGUUGAGUAAUAUUGAUUUUCUUGGUGAUAGUAAAUUAGACAUUAUUAAUAGUUAUUUAUUCAUAGGCUCAAGCUUAACUACAAUCAAAAUUCCAUCUGCUAUAAAAACUAUCGAUACUUAUGCAUUUUCAAACUGUGUUUUUUUAGUGAAUGUAACAUUUGAAGAAAACAGAAAAUUAGAAUUUAUUGGAUCUUACGCAUUUCAUUCAUGUAAAAUGACUGCCAUAAGUAUUCCAUCUACUGUAAAAUGCAUUGGGGAAAAUGCUUUUUCUGAAUGUCGUUCGUUAUCUGAUAUCAUUUUCGUGGACAAUAGUCAACUUAUAAAUAUAUCUAAUCAUGCAUUCUAUUGUACCAAUAUUUCGUCAAUCAUAGUUCCUAGACUAUUGGUUUCGAUUGGAAAUAGCUCUUUUGAACUUUCAAAUUUAAAGCAAAUGGUUUUCCCUAGUGAUUGUUAUUUGAGUGAAAUUGGGAGUUUUGCAUUUUCAAAAACCCAAUUAAAAUCAAUAGAAAUACCAAAUACUGUUAAACAAAUUGGUGAAUAUGCUUUUUAUCACUUAAAUUUGGAUAGCAUCUCAUUUUCGAAUAAUUCCCAAUAUAAAGAAAUUGGUACUAAAACUUUUGCAGGAAUUUCAUAUUGUUCAUUUACAUUUCCAAAUGUAACAAUCAUAAGCAAAGAAGCAUUUUCUAAAUCAAAUAUAAAAAGUAUAUUAAUUCCAUCUACAGUUACAAUUAUUGAUGAUGCUGCAUUUAUUGAGUCUUCAAUUGAAAUGAUAAUUUUUGAAUCAAAUUCACAAUUAAUGAUGAUAGGUGACUAUGCAUUUAAUAUGACAAAAAUGAAUACUAUUUCAAUACCACCAUCUGUUGUAUCCAUUGGCAACUAUGCUUUUUAUAAAUCUACAUUAACAAGUAUUAUAAUUUCAGAAGAUUCGAAUUUAGAAUCCAUUGGAGAUUAUGCAUUUGGUAAUACAAAUUUCAAAAAUAUUAACAUUCCUAAUUCGGUAAAAACUGUCGGCAAAUAUGCAUUUUAUUAUUCAAAGAUUGAAUCAAUUGACAUAUAUCCUAAUGUUUCUCUCAUUGAAGAUUUUACAUUCUCAUAUUCUUUUCUUAAAUUUAUACAUUUUUAUUCAAAUCUUUCAUACAUUGGAGCUUAUGCUUUUUCUAGCUCACAACUUAUAUCAAUUAAUAUUCCUUCAUCUGUUACAUAUAUAGGUAGUCACGCAUUUUAUAAUUGCCAGAUGCUUAAUACCAUUGAUUUCCUCAAUAUCCAACUUGAAAAUAUUAGUGAUUAUUUGUUAAAAAACACUGAUAUAUUGUCGAUUGAAAUUCCAUUAUCUGUUACAAGAAUUAAAAAAUAUGCAUUUUCUAAUUGCAAAAAACUUCGAUACAUUAAUAUUUUGAGCAAUUCUCGUUUGAGCAUAAUCGAGGAGAAAGCAUUUGAAAACAUUCAAAUUACAAAUUUCACAAUACCAAGCUCAUUAACUGAAAUUGAUGAUUUUUCUUUUUAUCAAUGUGUAAAUCUUGAAAAAAUUGAAUUUCAAUCAAAUGUUCACUUGACUAAAUUAAGUCCAAGUGCGUUCAUCAAGACAAAAAUUUUGGAAAUAUCCCUUCCAUCAUCAUUAUUAAUCUUUCAAGAUGAUUUUAACUAUCAGAAUUAUUAUGAAAAUAUGAAUUAUUAUGAGAAACCUAGUUUUUCUUUUCAUGAUAGCUCACAGCUUGAAAUAAUAGGAAAUAAUUCAUUUUAUAAGUCAAACAUUGUUUCAAUUAAUAUUCCUUCUUCUGUAAUAAAAAUAGGAAGCUAUGCAUUUUCAUCUGAGAUUUUAACUUCUGUUACCUUCGCGGCGAAUAGCAAAUUAAAAGAAAUUGGUGAAUUUGCAUUUGCAGAAUCAAACAUAUCAUCAAUUAUGAUUCCAUCUUCAUUAAAAACAAUCAAAAAGAAUGCAUUUUUCAAAUGUCAUUUCUUAAAUAAUAUCUCAUUUUCUCCAAAUUGUGAGUUAGAAAUCAUUGAGAAAGAUAUUAUCAAAGGGACUUCAAUUCGGAAUUUUGUAAUUCCGAAAAACAUUAAGGCACUUGAUUAUACAUUAUUUCAAAAUUCAAAUGAAAUAAGUUUUGAUCUUGAUCCAGAAAAUAAAUACUUCACUAUGGUUAAUUCCGUUAUCUAUUCCAAAGAUUUUUUAGAAGUUUUACAUUUUCCUUCAUAUAAGGCUGAAUGUUUUAUCAAUGAUAGUGUUAAAAUUAUUGGAGAUUAUUCGUAUUAUAUGUGUAAAAUGGUAAGAAUUACAAUUCCACAAAAUGUUUCAUUAAUCAAAUCGUAUGCAUUUGCAAAUUGUACAAAUCUAGAAAAUGUAGAAUUCUCUCCAUUAUCAAAAUUAACAACAAUAAAUUCAAAUGCUUUUAAAGGCACAAAUUUAAAUGACAUUUAUCUCCCAGAUUUAGUAAUAAGUUUUAGUCAGGAUGCAUUUGAUCAAAAUACAACAAUUCAUCUUUCUGAUUAUAGUCAAUAUUCUAAUCUGAAUUUUUACACACCAUCUUAUUUAAUAAUUAAAAUUCCUAUAAAAAUCAAUGAAAUUCCAGAAAGCAGAUUUUUGCACUAUAGCUUGUUGAAAGAAGUUAUUUUUCCAAAUAACAGCGAACUUAAAAUAAUUGGAAGCCAUUCUUUUUCUAAUACCGGUUUAGAAUAUGUCUCUAUUCCAGCUUCUGUGGAAAAAAUAUCAGAAUAUGCUUUUGCUAACUGCUUAAAUCUAACGAAAUUGUUUUUCGACAUAAAUUGCCAGUUAAAAAUUGUUGAAUCAUAUGCAUUUUAUAAUUCAAAUCUUGAAAAUCUAACAUUUCCGGCACAAAACUAUAUUAUUGCAUCAUAUGCAUUUAGUAAUAUAAUAUCAUUAAAAAAUGUCACAUUUAAUAAUGGAUAUUUAAUGCCCUAUUUAUAUACAUAUUGUUUCUAUUCAUGCUCUAUUCAAUGUUUGAACAUUCAUUCAUUCUUUUCUAGAAUUGAUGAAAAUGCAUUUUAUUGUGAUAUUAAUUAUAUUUGUACUAAUGAGUUUAUGAGACUUAAUUACGAUAUCAAGGUUGGAAUGUGUGGAAAUAUGAAUUCAUAUAAUUUUACAAUACCAAGUAAUGUAACAGAUAUACUAUUCCCAACAAAUAUUUUUAAAAAUCAUUAUGCUUUGACAUUAAUUUUUGAAGGUUCGAGUGUUAAAUUGGAGCCAUUAACUCAUAAUUACAGGUUUAAAUUCAAUCAAAAAUUUAAAUUUAAAUCGAAGUUUCCUUGGGGUCCAUCUGCUUACGGAAUAAUUCCAAAUAAUGAAAAUGAAAGCCGAGUAAUUGUAUACAAAUUUGUAAUGGACAAAAAUCGUAGAAUCAUAUAUGAUUUUAUUGGCGAUGAGGAAUCUGUAUUAGUGUUCCCAGUUGAAAGAAUUGCUUCACAUGCUUUUGAAAAUUCUAGCAUUAAGUUUAUUUUCAUUGACGAACAUGUCAGAAAAAUUGAAUAUCAUGCAUUUUAUAAUUGUUCGGAACUGAUUACAGUCGUUUUUGGAAGUUAUGAAAUAGACUAUAUCUCAGAAGGCGCAUUUGUUUGUUGCCCGAAGUUAAAAUGUUUAUCUACUUUCAUAUCGGAAAAAUAUAAAUGCAUAAGUAACACAAUAUAUAGAAUUGAAGAUGAUAAAAACUUUGAAACUAUUAUUGCAUAUGCUCCAAUGUCCCGAGAUAAGCAUUUUGAAAUUAGCAGUCGAAUAAUCGGUGAGGCUUCAUUCAUGUGUUCAUACAAUCUUGAAUCUGUAUUUAUCAACUAUGACUCAGUUAGACAGAUCAAUCGAUAUGCUUUCUUCAAUUGCUCAAAUCUCAAAACAAUCAACUUCCCAAUGAGUGUUUCUUCUGUUUAUGAGUUCUCAUUUGAGGAAUGUCAUUCGUUACAAGAAUGUCUUCAAAUUGAUAAUCAUCUUAGAUCAUUCUUAAUCAUGCUAACUAGAUCCGGCAUUCCUCAUCAUUGCAUCAGAUGUAUCAAUGUUAUUGAUGAUCAAUCAUUAGUUAUUCGUCUUUCUAAUCUUAAAAGCAAAUUAUCUCUUAUCUCUCUAUUGAAUUGUAGAAGAUAA